AGUUGAAGCUCUGGUGGCUGAUACUAUAGUCUUGCCUUGGAAGAGCGAGCUAGUGUGCUUUGGCAGCUAGUGUUAUACUUCCAGCGUUUAUCCUGUUGUUCAGAGCACAAUAAAAUCUGUGCUUUUCCUGAACAUUUUUUUUAUUUAUUUUUUCUAUUUGGUGGAUUUAUUGAACAUCUGGAAAUGAGCCGGAGGGAACUGCGGCGGCUCCAGGAGGACCAGCGGACCUGGAGCCGUCAAGGAGAUCACGAUGAUUCACCCCAGACCAUAUUUGAGGAGAGACUGCGGUCUGAGCGCCAAAGAGGUGAAAGAAGAUCUCGUCAGGACACCCAGGAACAUCUGUCAAGAGCAGGAACAUCCGCUCGUCUACAGAGACCUCAGAGGGAGCAAAGACACCGAAGCCGUUCUCCUCUUCCUGCUCCUGAGAUAGCACCAACAGACGGACCAAGUCCAGAUUCUCUCCCUGGUCCAAGUCAUCGACAGCCAGCGUCUCAGCAGCCAUCGGAGAAUAGGCAGAAUCUCUCGGACAUGGUGCACGAGAUCGUCAUGCAGAUGAUGACAGCCGCUGAGGAAGCUGACAAUGAGCAGAAUAUCCCGGCCAUUUUGGAAGAGAUCAUGGAACAGAACAGGCCAGCUGUGGUGGAAGAGAUGCACAGGCAGAAUGUCCAGGCCUUGCAGUUAAAGAUCAGAUUUUUCCAAUCUACCAUCAUUGCUGGGGAUGAAGCGACACAGUCAUGUGCUAUCUGUCUGAUGCAGUACCAAGAUGGGGAGCGAGUGUCUACCCUGCCCUGCAGCCACAAGUACCAUCCAAGCUGCAUCUCACAGUGGUGUGCAACACAUUCCAGCUGUCCCCUGUGCCGCAGAGAGUGCAUCCCAGGGCAAAUUGAGUGUUGGAUCUCCUGAAUACGGCAAGAGGAAGAUCUAAAUCACCAUCUUCUCUAGAUUCCAUACCACCUCCUCCACUCUGUCCAGUCUCGUCAGCCAACUGAUUUCUCUCCUCUACUCCUACCACCCUCCUGCGGUCUAAAGGGCCCUACACACUGGACGAUAGCACUAAACGAUAUGAAUGUUCUCGUUCAUUAAUGAACGAGAGCUCGUUCAUAUCGUUCCGUGUGGAGGCACCAACGAUGAACGAUGCAUGGCCCCGUGCACGUUCAUCGUUGGUGCCCUGUCGCUUAUGCGUUCAUAUCGUUCCGUGUGGAGGCACCAACGACUAACGAUGCAUGGCCCCGUGCAGGUUCAUCGUUGGUGCCCUGUCGCUUAUGCGUUCAUAUCGUUCUGUGUGGAGGCACCAACGACUAACGAUGCAUGGCCCCAUGCACGUUCAUCGUUGGUGCCCUGUCGCUUAUGCAUGCAGGCCAAUAUGGACAAUCUCAUCCCCAGGUGACAGGGGAGUAAAGAAACUUCACUCCCCCCGUCACCUCCCCCCAGCCAUCGGGUCGCCCGUCUGCCGUAUCAGCCGUCAGGCAGCUCGGCAGCGGGUCGACCAAUGUGUAGGGGGCUUUUGCUGGAUCAAGAGAUACCACGGCCUAGCGCCGACUUACCACAUCUGCGGCAUAGCGCCGACUUAUCCAACCUGCAACCUAGCGCAGGAUCAAGAGAUACCACAGCUUGCACCGACUUACCACAUCUGUGGCGUAGCGCCGACUCAUCCAACCUACGGCCUAGCGCCGGAUGAAUAGCAAUACCACGGCCUAGCACCGACUUACCACGCCUGCAGCCUAGAGCCGAUUUAUCCAACUUGCAGCCUAGUAUAGGAUAAACAGAUACCACGGCCUAGCACCGACUUACCACACCUGUGGUUAAUUGCACAAUUUAAGACUACUGGGCCUUGCGCCCUUGCCUAUACCAACCUUGUCAAUCCCAGCCAGCCGCAGUGCGAUGCUUUUAUACUUGUGUGGUGGGGGGGACCUGGACUGACAUGCGGGGCGGACUAGCCCUGUGCUGGGCAUCCCCCUACAUGUCUGGGAAGAUGAUCGUAGCUGUGCUAAAUUUAGCACUGCUACGAUCAACUCGGAAUGACCCCCAUUGUGUGUGUGUGUGUGUGUGUGUGUAUGUAUGAUACGUGUGUGGAAGCAUGCUGUGUGUGUGUGUGUGUUUAUACACACACACACACACACACACACACACACACACACACACACACACACACACACACACACACACAUUAUUUAUAUCAUCCAUAGGGGGUCCCCUUGACUUGGGAGGCAGUCAAUUUACCACCUGUCGGGAUCCCGGAAUCCUGAAACCCACUGACAUGCCGGCAGUCGGAAUCCCGACCGCCGGUUUAAAUCCCCACUUGGGUGGUGUUCCACGCCACCACCCGAGGGGGAAGAGAACCCUGUGGCAACCAAAGGUCGCCACUGAGCCCACGAGGGUACACGUUGUGCUCACCGCCGGUAUCCUGAUGUCGGUCUCCUGCCCACCGGCAUAUCAUACUGAUCUCCUUUGACUUAAGUUCCCAGGCCCCGCGUCGCCUUAAUCCGGCUCUGACAUGAGGCACCUGGGGAGUCAGACGAUAAUGGCUCUGGCCCUUUCUCCUCUUCUUUUAGGGCAGGGGUGGGGAACCUGCUGCCCUCCAGAU